CCAGCUAACCCAUGUUUGUCUGCAAACGCAAGGACGUGUAAGGAGUGUCUCAGAGUUGCUGCCGAGUGUGGAUGGUGUUCCUCCGAGUCAUACACUCGACCCAAAUGCGAUUCAGCCAACAAUCUGGAGAACCUGGGAUGCCCGCUAGCAGCGCUCUUUAACCCUAUGGCAGACAUGGAAGUAACUGAGGAAGGCGUCAUCACCAAAGACGUCAGGCUGAGCGAUUCGUCUGGCGUAAGCGAAAAGGGCAUCGGCCAGCGGUGGGGCCACGACGAGUGCGCUGCCGACCCGAUCACCUGCGGGGAGGGCGGGCCUGCAGCGAGGACAGGCGGAGGAGGAGGAGGCGGAGGAGGUGGAAAUUCCUUCGGAGGAGGAGGAACUUCCUUCGGAGGAGGAGGAGGAUCGUCAAUAUCGUCUUCGUCAUCUUCAUCAUCUACCUCGAUUUCCGGUUCAUCAUCCGGGGGAAGCGUCAGUUUCGGAGGAGGCGGGACAGGAGGUGGAGGUAGCUUCGGAGGAGGCGGUACAGGAGGUGGAGGUAGCUUCGGAGGAGGCGGAACAGGAGGCGGCGGUAGCUCCGGAGGAUUUUCCUUCGGAGGAGGGACCGGAGGUGGAGGUAGCUCCGGAGGAUUUUCUUUCGGAGGAGGCGGGACUGGAGGAGGAUCGUCCAGCUCCAGCUCAUCUUCCUUCUCUGGCUCGUUUGGAGGAGAAGGCGGUUUGGACUCCGACACCUUUUUUUCCAAUCUGGACGACUUCAUCAAUAGGGGCGGGCGUGGCAGCGACACUGGGAGAAAGAAGCGUCAGGCCGACGACGACACCUUGGCUAACAUCAACCGCAUUUCUCCCAAGGAACUUAAGCUGGACAUGAGAAAAGGAUCGACCUACAGUUUCACCAUGAACGUGUACCGCCCGAAGGACUACCCUGCCGACCUCUACUACCUUAUGGACCUGUCCGAUUCUAUGAAGGACGAUUUGGAAAAUCUGAAGGGGCUUGCUGAGACUCUGACCGACCAGUUGAGGAUACUUACCAAGAACUUCAACGUUGGGUUCGGCGCUUUUGUGGACAAGACCGUGUCUCCCUAUGUGGACACGUCGCCAGCAAAGCUGUUGGAGCCCCUCCCGGGCGCCGCCCCGCCCUUCAGUUACAUCAACGCCCUGUCCCUCACGCACGAUGCCGAAUUGUUUAAAACCGAGGUCGGGAAGAUCAGGAGCUCCGGCAACCUGGACGCCGCGGAGGGAGGGUUCGACGGCAUGCUGCAGGCACUCGUGUGCAGGCAAAAGAUUGGCUGGCGGGAGGCCUCCACCCACAUUAUCCUGUACGCCAGCGACGCGCCGUUCCAUUCGGCUGGAGACGGCAAGCUCGGCGGCAUCGUCAAGAAGAACGACGAGAAGUGUCACUUGGACGUACGAGGAAAAUACACGGAGGAGAAAAACCAGGAUUAUCCGUCCAUCAGUCAGAUCAGAUCCCUUCUGGAAGCCACCAACACUCUGCUCAUCUUCGCCGUGGACAAAAAGUUCCAGAGUAUCUACGAGAGCUUGGCAAAUAACCAGUUCGCAGGCCUGGCGACAGCCGGAGUGCUAGAGGCUGACUCCAGUAACAUCAUCGCACUUAUAGAGCGGUCCUACAACCAACUGCUGUCCCAGAUCGAGUUGAACUUCGUGAACUUCCCCAGCGAGUAUAUGUCCUACACGGUCACUCCCAACUGUGGUAGAGGGCAGAGGGAGGGGAGCAAAUGUACCAACGUGCAAGUAGGAGACGAGGUGACCUUUAAGGUUGACCUGACGAUGAACGACAUCCCGGAAGACUCCGCCAUGUUGCAACCCGAUUACAUACACGAGUUCAAGAUCAAACCGGUGGGUUUCCACGAAGAGCUGGUGGCCAAGCUGAAGUACCUCGGGUCUUGUGACUGCGAGAAGAACGCGAUUCAAACAAGUCGGGAAUGUAACCUCCACGGGACAUUUGAGUGUGGACAGUGUGUCUGUGACUCUGGAUGGCUUGGAAAGACGUGUACCUGCGAUGCCUCCAACAACACAGUUGCUGCCAACAACGAGGGUUGCAUCAUGCCGGGGAGCCGCAAUCCGGAUCCGUGCGAGCGGAGGGGCACGUGUCUGUGCGGGGAGUGCAACUGCGACAGACCCGAGCGCUUCUCGGGAAGAUACUGCGAGUGUGACAACCAGGCCUGCGAACGCUUCAACGGAGCGAUCUGUGGGGGUCCGGCGUUUGGAACAUGUGACUGUGGCACUUGCAAAUGUAAAGAAGGCCGGGAGGGGAGCGCCUGCCAGUGCCCGAGCGACCGUUCAGUCUGCAAACCGAGCAACGCACCGGCCGAUGCCGACCUGUGUAACGGCCACGGUGAGUGCGCCUGUAACGACGGAGAGGACCAGCGGGUGUGCGUGUGUGAGGAGGGGUACAGCGGCAGGUUCUGCGAGGAGUGUCAGGCGUGUCCAGGGAAGUGUGACCAGCUGAAGCCGUGUGUCCAGUGCCACGCCUGGGGGAAGAACUGGACAGAGGAGGUCUGUGUGGGCAGAUGUGUGGACAAGGUCUACAUGUCCGACAGGCUGCGAGACGAUGUUGGAGUGACACGUUGUGCGUACACUGACGAUGACGGCUGCAAGGUCCACUACACGUACGGCACAGACUCCUACAAGGGGACGACGUCUGACGACUUCGUCAUUGAGGUCCGCAAGAACAAAGACUGCGUGACGCCGUUCCCGUGGUGGUGGCUGGUGCUGGGCAUCAUCCUGGCCAUCCUCCUGCUGGGUCUGUGCUGCCUGUGCUGCUGGAGAUGCUGGGCCUACUACAAGGACAAGCAGGAGUUCCUCCUCUGGCAGGAUGAGAUGAAGGCUCAGGCUGCAUGGGACACGGGAGACAGUGCAAUCUACACCCCUCCGGUCACAACACACCACAACCCUGAAUUUAUCGCUGGAGGAGCGACUGUUGUUGAUGGUGGUCUUGUGAACGCAACCGCUCCAGUUGCAGCAGCUGCUCCGAUGAUUAACCUUGACCUGAAGGACAAGUUGGUGGUGAAGACAGGGUCAGUCAUCAUCCUGGACAUCCCGUUCAGCGGCCGACCCACUCCGGACAUCGUCUGGACCAAGGACGACGUGGAGAUCUACAGUGGCGACCGAGUGACGAUCGAGAACGCUGCCACCUCCACCACCCUGUCCAUCAAGAACUGCCAGCGGUCUGACGCCGGGAACUACCGCCUGGCCCUGGCCAACACCGCCGGACGAGCCAAGGCUGACGUGGACGUGGUCGUCAUCGACAAGCCGGGACCUCCUAAAGAGGUGCGUGUCGAUGACAUCAUGCAGGAUUCCGUGGCGUUGUCAUGGCGACAGCCAAUGGACGAUGGCGGCAGCAACAUCACUAACUACUCGGUUGAAAAGUUCGAUUAUGACCGCAACAACUGGGUCAUGGUCAACCCUUAUGUCCCAGGUUUCAACUACACCGUGCCUAACCUGGUGCCCGGUGGGGAGUACCUGUUCCGUGUGGCGGCUGAGAACCAGUGCGGCGUCGGGGAACCGACCGAGAGCGAACGGAUCAUGGUCCAGAGCCGCCAUGGCCGACCUCCCGGCGUCCCCGGGACCCUGACCUAUGAAGAAGUGACCGGUGACCGGGUGACCCUUCGCUGGAGCCCGCCGUUGGACGAUGGCGGCAGCGAGGUCACCAACUACGUGAUCCAGAAGCGCGACUCUAACGACGCGCACGGCUGGACCACGGUGUCCUCCUCCGCCACCCGUACCUCCCACCGGGUCGGCAACCUCAACCCCGGCGGCCACUACCGCUUCCGGGUUCGCGCAGAGAACUACUACGGACCGGGGCCCUGGACCGAGUCGGGCAGUGUCAUGCUGGGCGGAAGUUUGCCUGGACGGGGACAGGUUCAACAGUCCAUGUCGUCGUUUUCCACCCUGCCCGCGGGGAUGAGCUUCCAGCAGCCAGCCUACAUCAUCGCCCAGGCGCCCAUGCAGAGCGCCACGCUGCCGUACGGAGCCAGCUUCCAGUCCAUGCCGGGCUGGGGAUCCAUGACCAUGCAGCAGGAAGUGCCCCAACAGCAGGCCGCUCCUCCUCCUCCGAAACCAGAUCCAAUUGGCCCGGUGCUGCGCCAGGGAGUGACUCUGGUGGGGAAGGACUUCACCGAGGUGCUGCUGAUGCUGAUGCGGGGAAACCCCGGCAUGCCGGACCCGCUGGCGCGGUUCUACGCCUACCAGCCCAUGGACCAGAUGGGAGAACAGCAGCUGAACGACUGCACCAGCGAUCUGUGCGGGUUCAAACCGAAGGAACUGCUCAUCCUCUGCGGACUCACGCCUAACAGGCCUAACACGCUUAUACUGUGCCAUUACCUCAUCAUUCUGGCCAACGAAGAACGGAGCCACCAUCCAAACUUUAACAGCCUGGAAGACGUCCUGGGGACCGUGAAGCAGAUCUGUAAGAAACGCGACCUGUCUUACGACGCCAUCUCCCUCAUCAACGCCCUGACCAUCCUGGUGGAGCUGGGCAGGAAGUACCGGCACGAGGACUGCCACAAGUACGAGAAGGCCCUGCAGGAGGCUCGCACCAACAUCACCAACAGGGAGCUCGGCCGCAUCAUCCUCACCAUCCUGGGCUUGAACGUGGUGGUGGUGAAGGUGAACGUGACGCUCAAGAACAAGGACAUCACCCCGCUGCUGCUGUGCCUUAAGGACGGCGACGUGGACCUGCCGCCUAACGGCGAGGACCUGUGCCGCUUCAAGCUCGACACUCCCCUGGACCAGAUGACGGACGACGAGCUCCGCGAGAACAUCGAGGAGCUCUCUGGCUUCACCCCGGAGAACCUGCUGGAGCUGAUCCAGAUGCCGCCGACCCGGCAGAACGUGCUGGCCCUGGCCCACCUCAUGAUUCAGCGCGCCAACGAGGACCUGCCGGUCACCCCCGCAGCCAUGACACCGAAGGCCCGCUCACGGACGUCGUCCCAGUCAAGCGGCACGGGCCAAGAGUUAACCGGACCGGAGCGGGCAGCUAGGGUGGGGAGGAAACUGGACUGGUUAGAGACGGCGUUAGAGGAGGCAGCCGUCAAACAAGCGUUAAACUGUGCACGACUUUCAGCAUCAAAACCACCGACAGACCUUGACAGGGACAGUCUUUUGAGAAGUUUAGAGAAUCUUGAGGAUGUUACAAAACAGUACCAACACCCAGAGUGGAGAUAUUACCAGGAAACAUUGACGAUAGCCAGACAAAGCGUGUCAGACCCGAACCUUGGUAAACUGGUUCUGGCACUCAUUGGAAAACCCAGUUAGUACCGAUUGUAUGAGGUGUCUUAUGUAAAUUUUUGGAAUUUCGUGUGAAAAAGCACAACUUGAAUGGCAAACAAUAUGAUAACCCAUUGAGGACAUUAAAAACUACAAUAUGUAUUUCGACAUGAAAUCAACCAUUAGAGAGGAGGCCAUAGUACCGCAACUUUGUAUACUGUUCAGAUGUCUUGGUAGAAAUACGAUAAAAAUAAUUAGAUGCAAUAUAGUACUGACCAACUCGUGCAGUUGUGUCAAAACUGCAAAUUUACAAUAUAUAUUUUCAGCUACUUGAAAACAGUAUUAUUUCUUUCAUGUACUGAUUGGGAAAAUCAUAGUUUGCUAUUUUUAUGAACUGAUUUUAAAACGCUAUUUUGAUCUUUAAAAAAAGACACAAAAAGGCAACAGACGAGAAAUAUGUUUGAAAUGAGCUAUAGUUCUAUAUUCUCCGAGGAAGGGAACAGUUUAUCAAUAGUUUUCGCAAGUACGCUGUGUCAAUAUUUUACGUUGAAAAUGUGUCCUAGGGCACUUUCUAGGAUUGCUUCUAUUAAGAUAAGAUAUUGAUAUUGUUUGGUAGAUUGGUGAUAGAUUGGCUUAAGUUCUAGCUGCUAUUUAGAAUGUGUAGUCGUAGUGUCCCCUUUAGAAAACUGUUAAUGGGUAUGUCCUGUGUUCGUUCGUUCCUUGUACUGUUUUGUUGGAAUCAGGACAGCAACACUACGCGUGCUUUUAUAGUCCUGUUUUUGCUAUGAUAUAGCACAGUAAAAAUGUAGGACUAUAUCUUGUGAACAGAUUUAAGGUGACAUAUUAUUUAAUUGUAUUUCGAUACAUUUUGACGCUGUGUAUGUUCAAAUGCAAAUACAUCAACGUCUAAGUUAUGUAUGGUGGGUAUGUUGGCUUCGAUGUCCUAUAUGUUGAAUGAAAAGGCUAGGAUGUAUUUAAAGUAAAGUUAAUGUAAUUUAUAUAUGUAUAUUGGCUUAUGUUUUGAACAUUGGAUUAUUUUGGUGAUUACAAUAGGGUGCUACCGGAGCUGUAAUAUAAGUUGCAUUAGUAUCGUAAGGUUUGAUGUCUGUUACAGGCACCUUGGAUCAAAAAUAUCUAUGGAAAAUGUGCGAAGCACUGUUCUGCUCAUCUUUAUCCUUAUUAUGAUAUCUGAUAGAUGCUAGUUGGACGGUGAUACCGAAUCACGUAUCACAAACCGUUACUUGGCAAACAGUAAAAUCAGUUCUGUUAUAAUUUUGUUGCUUUUACGCUUGUUAAAAGCAGAUGACUUAUUCGAAAUUUUCCAUAAACGAAGUCUUUUUACAUUUACCGCAGCCUGUUUUUCUUUUGACUUUAAACUUGCAAAGUGCGCAAAUCUUUUCUAUACGAUGCUUUCUUUUAUGUAAUAGAUUUGGACCUUAAGUGUUAAAUGUUUACUUUGAUUCAUUUUGUUGGGGAUUUUGUAUUAAAUGAUGUGAGGUCUCA